AGUUUGGGCGGACUGUUUUGCAGCCCGAUCACUUCCCACUCUUCUAGGCUACUACGGCUGUGUGUCACAGUAGCAACAGGCAUGCUACUCUCCGGGGAAAACUGCUGAAGCGAACUUUUACAGUUUUACAGUUGUGUUUGUUUUUAACUCUGUCAUCAUGGGUGACUCGGACGCGGCCGGGGCCUUACUGACCCGCAGGAGAAGGGCAACUUUCGCUGCGGGGAGAGGUACGAGUCUGCAACCGGCGGACGGGAGGUCUGCAGCGGUGUGUGAGAGCUCAGUGACCGCUGGCGUUAGCGCUGACAAUGGCCGGGUGAAAAACCGCGACCGUUCACUGGAGACGGUCCGCUCCAAAUCAAAGAGCGAGAAAAAGAAACGCAGGAAUGACAUAAGUGACAGACUGAGCUGUCACAAGACACAGGAGUCCCUGCUGAGUUCAGCCAGUGGUUACAAUAACUACAGAGGAAUCCUCAAUUGGUGUGUUGUGAUGCUGGUACUGAGUAAUGCUCGCCUCUUCUUAGAAAACCUGUUAAGGUACGGCGUGCUGGUGGACCCUAUUCAGGUGAUUUCCUUGUUUCUGAAUGAUCCCUACAGCUGGCCAGCAGCAUGCCUGGUGAUUGUGUCCAACGUGUUCAUUCUGGUGGCUCUCUACACAGAAAGGCAGCUGUCGAAGGGUUCAUUCAGUGAAUCUGUUGGAUUUCUGGUCCAUUGCAUUAACAUGGUAAACAUGUUAACAUUCCCUGCUGCACUGGUCCUGUUGGUCCCUUCCAUGACCCCAGUUGGUGGUGUGUUCGUACUUGGUAUUUACACCAUUCUCUUCCUGAAGUUGUACUCCUAUAAGGACGUCAACCUGUGGUGCAGAGAGCUGAGCACUGUCAAGGCGAAGAAACUGGCCAGGUCACUGUCCUGUCCCACAGCACAGCAUUUCAAUGGAGGUGACCGUAAGGUGUGUUAUCCUGGCAACCUCACCAUCAGAGACAUGUACUACUUUGUCUUUGCUCCGACGCUGUGCUACGAGCUCAACUUCCCCCGCUCUCCUAAGAUUCGCACGAGUUUCCUGCUAAGGAGACUGUUUGAAAUGCUGUUCUUCAUCCAGCUGUUAGUUGGUCUCACACAACAGUGGAUGAUUCCCAUCAUUCAAAGCUCCAUGAAACCACUAGAGGACAUGGAUCUUUCCAGAAUGACUGAGAGACUCUUACGAUUAGCUGUUCCUAAUCACUUGCUGUGGCUGAUGUUUUUCUACUGGUUCUUCCACUCGUCUAUGAACUUCACUGCUGAGCUGCUGCGCUUUGGAGACCGACAGUUUUACAUGGACUGGUGGAACUCUGAGACGGUGACAUAUUUCUGGCAGAAUUGGAACAUCCCUGUACACAAGUGGUGUCUACGCCAUUUUUACAAACCACUGCUGAGGAAAGGAUUUAGCAAAAUUGUCAGCCAAUCAGCUGUCUUCUUCUUGUCAGCUUUCUUCCAUGAGUAUCUGGUGAGUGUUCCUCUCAGGAUGUUCAGGCUUUGGGCCUUCAUGGGCAUGAUGGCGCAGCUUCCAUUAGCCUGGUUUGUUGGUCACUUCUUGCGUGGUAACUACGGCAACGCUGCAGUGUGGAUGUCCAUUAUCAUCGGUCAGCCAUUCGCCGUCCUGAUGUAUGUCCAUGACUAUUAUGUCCUGCACUACAGACAGGAGGCAGAUUAAUGCAAGCAUGCACAUACACACACACACACUCACACAAUGUACACCAUCUUUUUCUCAUGUUGUCUCACUUUUUUUUCUCUCUCAUACAAACAAACACAGAAAUACUACUAGUAGACGCUACAGUGCAGGUGAUAAAGAUUGUCCUCUGCAUGUCGGGAUGAGAUGAUCACAUCUGUUGCAUUAUGAUUUUAGCAUGUUUACAUUAGACAUCUUGGUCACUGUGUCUUCUUGCUGGGAAAGCUAACAACAACUCACGGAGGAAAACUAAUUAAAAAUUUCAUGUGGACAGUAGAGAAAAAUGUCUUGACAGUCUUGAAACACUACUGUACAGUAUAUAAGAGCAGAAGGUGACGUAAUGAUGCAGUGUGUUACUCAGGUGAUUUUUCUUCCAGUGUGUUGUUAAAACCUCUGACAACACAGUUUGGGCUGAUAUGUUGUUUGAAUGAAUAAUGUGUUAUAUUUGGUACUAUAAAAACAGCAACAUACUGGAUUACGCAGACUUUUUUUUUUCCUCUUCAUCUGUGGAUAUUAUGGUGACUGUAGCUGAAUUUUAUAAAAUGUUUAGUUGACAACAUGUUGCAAGUGCCUUCUUGGAUGUUAUGAUAGAAAUUUAUGAUCCACUUUCCUUUUUGUGAGCCAAAGGGGCCUUAAUCUCUUUGGUUUUGAUGUGAGAUGAGAACAUCACUUGAAAAAACGAAUGUAUGCUGAUAAGAUUUUAUUAUUAGACAUUUUUUAUUUUUUUACAAUGUUUGUCUUUUAUAAAGCAUUGUUGUAUGUCUCUUUUUUUAUAUAUCUGAUGUGCCUUUAGAGUAAUACAGCACAUAUCCAGUCACACCUACAUCUUUUGUGUGCUGAUUUUUUUUUUUAGAUCAGAAGAACAUUUGGUAUGCAAAAUCACUGAAUUUUUUGUCAUUCUGGUAUCUCAAUAGGCUACUGUCAAGUAAUGGUGUCUAAGAAUGUGUCUAAAUACAAUUUGCAUGUCUGAAAAUAAACAUUCAAAGAGAUCAA